GAGUCGCUACUGUGGAAUUGGCUAGACUUCCCACCCCCCCAAAACUCGUCUAUCCCAAGCCCUUUGUCAUCCUUGCUCUGGCCGCCAUUGCAGUCCUCUUGUGUUGUGGUAGAACCACGAAAGCUCGCCGUCUAAGGAACAGCUCCAAUGCGGGGUCACGUUUCACGCCCUUUGCUCGAUUGUACGAGGCCUUGACAUCCAUAGUGAACACAGGUAGAGCUGCCAUCCAUGUCGGGGCAUGAUUAUGGCUCUAUCCUACCACGUUCCACACUUUAUGUUUCUGUGAGGCUUGUAGCGCCAUGGCUGAAGACAGAACAAUCAGACUCGCCUGCCACUGCGGCAAGCACAAGUAUAGCUUCACAGUACCGGUGUCCAGCCUACCAAUCAAACAACGCCUUUGUCACUGUAACAUCUCGCGCCGUAUAUCCGGUUGUCUCUUCACUUCCUACUUCGCCAUCCCCGCCUCCAAUCCGCCACCUGACCUCACUGGGCUCACUGAGUAUAAGUCCUCGGAUAUACUGAGCCGCUACUUCUGCUCCACGUGCAGCACACACCUGUACUGCCGCUACAAUGAUGACGGUCAUUUUGAAGCGUCACAUGGCUCAGUAGACGGCAGUACCGACGAUAUAUUCGAUUUCAGAGCACACGGUUGGAUCGAAGACACGAAGGAUGGCGGUGCAAGUGUUUGGCUGAAGGAAUACAAAGGUUCGCCAUUAAGCAGAUGGCUUAUUGAAUGGAACCAGAGUCCAGAAGUGCCCUUAAACUGGACGUCAGAUCAUAUUGAGCCCACAAACAAAGUCUCAGAGCAGGCUGACGAAAAGCUUCGCGUCCAUUGCCAUUGCAACGGCGUUGAAUUCUUCAUCUCUAGACCAAGCGAAGAUUCGUUCAAAGCUUCGUCACCUCUACCCGAUCUGUUGGUACCGUACAACUCCGGACAAUCUGCCCAGAAUCCGGAAAACAAGCCAUGGUGGCUGUCCACAGACCACACCAAAUAUCUGGCUGGCAACUGUGCUUGUCGCUCGUGCCGGAUGACGACUGGUUUUGACAUACAACAAUGGGCGUUCAUCCCCGCCGCCGGGCUCUCGCUGGCAAAUGGCAAGCCUUUUAACUUACCUUUUGGAACACUUCGGUCGUACGAGUCCUCGACUAAGCCUCAGAGGAGAAUUAGAUGGUCAUGUUCCAGGUGUGGCGCAACUGUACUAUGGACUGGCGAGGAGAGACCAACAUUGAUCGACGUUGCUGCGGGAUUACUAGAUGCGCCCAGCGGUGCAAGAGCCGAAGAAUGGCUGCAGUGGGACCUAGCAGAUCGGGUAAGUUUCAAAGAGGAUGCACAUAAUACACAUCUCGCAGAUGCUCUUGAAAAGGGACUUGUCCAGUGGUAUAUAAAGUGAAUUGAUCUGUGUUUUCGUUCCAGCCCUUCCGAAUACGUGUAGAUAACAAAUUUUUAAUCAUAUGAAUUUGAAGAGACGCU